AUGCGACUUGACUUUUUUUCCUUUUUGGUUUAUAAAACCCGGUCGAUAUCCCACCUUGGUCUGUGGUCUCAAUCCCUCGAAGCCAUUGUCAAUAUCAUUUCAAUCUGCCUGUUAGGCGUUGAUACAAUGGAGAAGCUCACGGUUUCCGACCAAAUCACUACCGCCGAGAUCGGUGAUCCUGAGAAGGCGGGUGCCCACCGGGUCGUUGAGCAUGACCAGGCCAGCAUAUCCGAUAAAGAUUCGGCCGAAUUCCAAGGGGGUGUUCAGCGUGUUCGAGCCGUCACCUCAGCAUGGUCUAAAAAGACUCUCGUGCUGAUGUUUGUCCUGUUAUACUUGGUGUCUUUCGUAGACGCUCUUCUGGUCUCGGUGCAAGGAUCGCUUAAUCCUUACAUCACUUCAGCGUUCGGAAAGCAUGGUCUGCUCACCGUUGUGAGCGUGGUCUCCACCAUCCUCGGCGGCUCCUCAAAGCUCACCCUGGCGAAGGUCAUUGACAUCUGGGGGCGUGUGGAGGGUUUCCUGUUCAUGUUGUUGAUCAUGGUCAUCGGCCUGAUCAUGAAGGCAACCUGUAACGGUAUUGAGAUGUACACAGCGGCCCACACCCUAUACUGGGUUGGUCAUAUUGGACUGGGCUAUGUCAUUGAGAUCAUGUUGGCGGAUAUGACCUCGCUGAAGAACCGUAUGAUCAUCAUCGGAAUCAACGGCACACCCGGCAUCUGCAGCACAUUCGCUGGUCCCAAGAUUGCUGGCUUGUUCGAAUCGAACCUGAACUUCCGCUGGGCAUUCGGAGCAUUUGCCAUCAUGCUGGUCGGGGUUUCUAUUCCAGUCUGCACAGUGAUGCUCUUCAUGGAGCGGAGAGCAAAGAAGAACGGAAACCUCACAAAGGAGAGAUCGGACAGAUCGUGGUGGCAGACCAUUGUCCACUACUUUAUCGAAUUUGACGUUAUUGGAAUCAUCCUCGUCACAGCAGCAUUUGCUUUGAUCUUGAUUCCUUUCAAUAUCGCCUCGUACGCACCGAAAGGAUGGGCAUCUGGGUAUAUCAUCGCGAUGGAAGUGCUGGGAGUGUUCUGCGUACCAGCCUUUUAUGUCUGGGAACGAUACUACUCUCCUGUUCAGUUCCUCCCUUGGAAAUACCUCAAGGAACCGACCAUCAUCGGUUCUUGCAUGCUAUACGCCGUCAUGUUCCUGUCUGUCUUCUGCUGGAACAGCUACUUCGGUUCGUAUUUGCAGGUCGUGCACCGCCUUGACAUCGUCACGGCCAACUAUGUCCUCAACACCCUGUCCCUUACCUCUUUCAUCUUCAGUCCGAUUUUCGGCGUCCUGAUUCGCAUCACCGGUGAAUACAAAUGGACCGCCAUAUCCGGGAUCCCAAUCCUUCUCCUUGGCACUGCCCUCCUGGUCCCCUUCCGCCAACCAGCAACCCACGUUGGGAUUCUCACCAUGACGCAAAUCCUGACAGGACUCGGUACUUGCAUCUUCAGUGUCUGUGCACAGUUGGCAGUCAUGACCAUGGUGACUCACCAAGAAGUCGCCGUUGUAAUGGCGAUCUAUGGGCUAUUUGGCUCGAUCGGUGCAGCCGUGGGCCAGGCCAUCGCGGGUGGUAUGUGGAACAACAUGACCAAGAAUGAGAUGUAUGCACGACUUCCAGAAGAGAGCAAGCACCUUGCGGGGGUCAUUUUCGGCGACAUGGUGAAACAGAUGAGUUAUGCGGAUGGAACCCCGGAGAGGGCCGCGAUUGUGGGUGCUUACGCGGAUGUGCAGCGGAAGAUGGUCAUCGUCGGCGUUUGCUUUGUCCCGCUGUGUAUUGCUUGCACCUGGUUCUGGAGGUCGGUCAACGUGAAGAAGCUUUUUAAGGAGCAGACGGCGGGUAAUGUGUGGUAG